UUAUAUUUUUUUUUUGACUUUCAUCAUGUCACAACGCAUCGGAAAGAAUCAGUUACCUGCACGCCUUCAAGAUAUCGCUGAGGAAGACCAUGUCUUUCAAAACUGGGCCAAAACAUUUUCAUGCACCAGCGAGCUUUACUUUACACCUAUAUCAGAACAGCAAGUUAUUGAGAUUGUCCUUCUUGCCAAAAAAUACAAAAAAAAUGUGAAAGUGUGCGGAAGUGGUCAUUCUCCAUCUGAUUUAGCUUGCACGAAAGGAUUCCUUAUCAACAUUGAUAAACUAGACACAGUUCUUACUGUUGAUGACAAAAAGCACACAAUGACUGUCGAAGCAGGCAUUUCGUUGCAUAAAUUGCAUGUUGUAUUGAGAGAAAAUGGUCUUUCUUUGAGUAAUCUCGGAUCCAUUUCCGAUCAAAGUAUUGCUGGUGUAAUGGCAACAGCAACUCAUGGCACAGGUGCUCAUUACGGCUGUCUGUCUACCUUGAUUCUUGAUAUAACAUUAGUGACAGCGGAUGGCCAGGUCGUCUAUUGUUCCUCUAGUGUACAGCCUGAUAUUUUCAAUGCUGCUCGUUGCAAUCUAGGCGCUCUUGGAGUGGUUACAAAGGUUACUUUGCAAGCUGAGCCUGAUUUCCGUCUUGAGGCUAUCCAACGUCCAUACAAGUUUCCAGAUGUGUUGGCAGACUGGACUAAUGUUAUUCACUCUGCGGAGCAUGUUCGUGUUUGGUGGUAUCCUCACACAGAUGACUGCGUUGUGUGGCGUGCAAACCGAACCACAAAACCCAAGGAACAUAAACCAACAUCUUGGCUAAUUGAGCGUGGUUUUGGCGUACACGUUUACGAGGCUAUGCUCAACACAUCGCGUUACCAGCCCGCAUUGAUCCCCGCCAUUACAAAAUUGAUGUUUAAGACCGUCCAUUCUCGUGAACAGCAUGUUGUUGAUGAUUCUAACAAGGUCUUCAAUUUUGAUUGUCUCUUUCCUCAAUAUGUAAACGAGUGGGCAAUUGACUGGAACGAUGCACCAGAAGCAUUGCGUCAGUUGGAUAUAUUUAUUACUCAGAAUGAUCUCAAAGUCCAUUUCCCUGUGGAGAUCCGCUUUGUAGACGAAGAUGAUAUUUGGUUGAGCCCAGCUUAUGGAAGAAAGACAUGCUACAUUGGUGUAAUUAUGUACAGACCUUAUGGCAAUCCAGUUCCGUACAAAAAGUACUGGAAGGCAUAUGAAGAUAUCAUGCGUUCAUUUGGCGGUAGGCCUCACUGGGCAAAGGCACAUGGUCAAUCAAGAAAGGACCUUGAAGCAUCCUAUCCCAAAUUUCACGAUUUCUUGAAAGUUCGUGAUCAAUUGGAUCCUGAAGAAAUGUUCGUCAAUGACUAUCUUAAGCGACAUGUUGUAUCUUCUGCAACAAGACAAUUGGAAGGAGCAAAGCUUUAAGAAUUGAGUAUAUGUAGUAUAUAUAUAUAUAUAUUGCUUCUCGGCCUGUAUUUAGAGCAAACUAAAUUGUAUGAAAGAAAAAAGAACCUUAUUAACUAGAAAAUAAAAUAAACUUAUUGCUGAUUUGCACCAUAUAUCU